AUGUCCGAUCUUGAGGGCAAAACUAUGUUCAUUGAGGAGUACAGUAUGGUUCCCAACAAAUGGAUGACUAAAAUAUACCAAGCUUUUUCCAAAUAUUGCAAUACAGUAUAUCUAUUCGGCGACAAAAACCAGUGUAACCCUGUUGAAGGCCAUUCCCAAAUACAUUAUAAUUACUUCACUUCCAAAACCAUAAUGGAUAUGUGUCCAGAAAGAGUAAAGCUGGAGUACAUUGAGGGUUGUUCACGGUACGAUACAAAAACACGGGAAAAGUUAACCAAAUUUUUAAAAACUGGAAAAAUACAGCCUGAAUUUCCUGCUAUUGGUAAAUACUAUAAGAACAUAUGUUAUCUCAAUAAAACGAGAAGAACAGUUACAGAAAUUUGCUGUAAUGAGUUUGUCAAAAACAAAAAGGACAAUGUGGUAAACUUUAAAUAUAACGGCAAAGCAGAACAUUGUAAAGUAGCUGUCGGUAUGUCUAUUCUGGUCACGCAAAACUUAAAAAGGGAGUGCAUGUUUAAUAUGGUGGAAUUCAGGAUUUAUGAAAUAGAUGAACACGGCACUAGUUUCAAAGUUAAUAACGUAUGGUUUGAGCACAAUGAUUUGAGACAAAGUUUUAUCCCUGCAUUUUGCUGUGCUGUGUAUAAAUACCAAGAUGCCGAUAUCAAAGAAAACUAUAAUAUCCUCGAUGUGAACAGAAUGGAUAAAAAACAGUUGUACACAUUUCUUAGCCGAACUACCAAAUUUGAGUACACCCAUCUUAAUAACCAAAAACUAAACAGAAAAUAUGUACCUCGUCUUCAACCAAAACUAGAACUAAUGAAUAGUCACCUUAACAGCGAUUUUCUUUAUGGCAAAAUAUAUGAAGUUACUUUUGAAAAUAGCGAUAAGAUAUCUGUUGGGUUAACUUGCGAAAAACUCACACAAGACUCAAAUGGCAUGUUACUAACAAAACGAGCCAAGGGUAUAAAAAUCGCAAAUAUAUUCCAAAGAUAA